UAUAUCUUUCAAGACAAUCUUGGCACGAUUGUAUUUCAUAUGGGCUCGUUCUUUUCUCGAUCUAUAACGCGAAGAUGGACGGACGUUGCGAUACCUUGCACAUCAUUCUACCUUUGGAGAACCAUAAUCUAACAUCGGCUCGAUUUACUAUACAGUCCAGCAAGUUUGCAUUCCUCAAGCCAUCCUUGGUACCGACGUUCUCUGCCAGGCCAAAUCCGGUCUUGGUAAGACAGCUGUGUUCGUCCUCACCACCCUUCAACAAGUCGACCCAGUCGCUGGCGAGACAUCCGUCCUUAUUAUGUGCCACACCCGCGAGUUGGCUUACCAAAUCAAGAACGAGUAUGCUCGAUUCUCAAAGUACAUGCCAGAGGUCAAGACUGCCGUGUUCUAUGGUGGAACUCCCAUCCAAAAGGAUGCUGAGAUCAUCAAGAACAAGGAGACUCAUCCCCACAUCAUCGUAGCCACACCUGGUCGAUUGAACGCCUUGGUCAGAGACAAGCACCUCCGACUUGGCAGCUGCAAGGUCUUCGUCCUUGAUGAGUGUGACAAGAUGUUGGACCAGAUCGACAUGCGUCGUGAUGUUCAGGAGAUCUUCAGAGCUACCCCUACCCAGAAGCAAGUGAUGAUGUUCAGCGCCACCCUGUCCCAAGAGGUUCGCCCUAUUUGCAAGAAGUUCAUGCAGAAUCCUCUUGAGAUUUACGUCGACGAUGAGACCAAGCUCACUCUCCACGGUCUUCAACAAUACUACAUCAAGCUUGAUGAGAAGGAGAAGAACCGCAAGUUGAAUGAGCUUCUUGAUGAGUUGCAAUUCAACCAGGCCAUCAUCUUUGUCCGAAGCACCCUCCGAGCUACUGAACUUGACAAACUUCUGACGGACUGCAACUUCCCCUCUGUUGCUGUUCAUUCCGGAGUCAGCCAGGAUGAGCGGUAUAUUUCACUCUACAUUAUGUUCGGAUCUCGACUAACAUGCAUCAGUAUUCGCCGCUACAAGGCAUUCAAGGAUUUCCAAGAGCGUAUCUGUGUUGCCACUGAUGUCUUCGGACGUGGUAUCGACAUUGAGCGUAUCAACUUGGCCAUCAACUACGACCUUCCAGCUGAUGCCGACUCGUACCUCCACCGUGUUGGUCGUGCUGGUCGUUUCGGAACCAAGGGUCUCUCCAUCUCUUUCGUCAGCAGCGAGGCCGACCAAGAGGUUUUGAAGUCGAUUGAGAAGCGCUUCGAGGUUGCUCUUCCAGAGUUCCCUGAGGGAGGUAUCGAUGCCGCCACCUACAUGUCCGGUUAGAUGAACUCUUCUCGAGAUCGUGCCCCUCACGUUGUCCUUACGAACCUGGGUGGUCCUUUCCCAAAAAAUCGUGUACUUGUCGUCAACCGGUCUCGACGUUAUCGUCUCUUUUCGUUUCCUGGCGGGCUGGUUGCGUUUGUGGUAAUCACUUUUCCUAAGAACU